UGAUUACUGUGGGGUUUGAGUCGCGUCGUGGUGGAUGAUGUCGUGAUGAAGUUGAUGGUGUUGCGGUCCCUUCGUCGCGGUGUUGCCUGCUUUACCGCCUCGGCAGAAUAGUGCGCUAGUGCGGCCGUUCAAACAAAAGUUCCUGCGGGGACUCGAGCAUUGAAACGGCAUCGACGUUGACAACCAGAGAAGGGACGGCAUAUACACCGCUAUGCUGCGCAGGUGACAUCGAUAUGGCACCAGAGCUCAGUUCAAACUGGAAGAGGCUACAGGCCCAACUCCAGGCCUCGAAACCCGCAACAUCCUCGAAAUCUCAGACCUCCACCGAAGAGCCGACCUCAUUGAAGCGCAAGCGAUCCUUCAAGUCCAACGACAGGUCUACAAGUGUAUCCCGGCAAUACUUGAACGAAGCCAAAAAACCUGCACCACACAAGUCUCCUGCAUCGAGGAAACGGCAAAAGAUGGAGGAACCUGCGUCUGUUGGCGCAUCAAUCAAGCAGCACAAUGUCAAGACGCUCACCCGUAGUGUCUCCACACCCCAGCUCAAGCGCACACCACUCAUCACAUCCGAGAAGGAUGCUGCUGUCGCCGACGACAUCCUUACACCUCACCCCGACUUCCCCGACAUCGAGAACGAGGGUGUCUCCGAGACCGCACUACCCGGCAAAUACGUCGCACUUGAUUGUGAAAUGGUUGGUGUAGGCCCAGAGCCCAACCGCGACUCAGCAUUGGCAAGAGUGUCAUUGGUCAACUAUCAUGGCCAUCAGGUCUACGACUCCUACGUUCAAAUGCCUCCCAAGGUUGAAGUCACCGACUACCGCACAGCCGUCUCCGGCAUCGAACCGAAGCACCUGCGCAAAGAUGUCGCACGCACAUUCGAAGAGGUACGCAGUGAUCUCAAGAUCCUGCUUGGAGGACGUAUACUCGUCGGUCACGCUGUGAAGAAUGAUUUGGAUGUCUUGAUUUUGAAGCACGACAAGCGCUUGAUUCGCGACACCUCCAAGUUCUCCAAGUUCCGUCAAUUGGCAACAAAGGCAGGAUGGACACCAGGGUUGAAGAUGCUCACACAGAAAUUGCUUGGUGUGGAAAUCCAGACAGGCGCGCAUAGCUCAGUCGAAGAUGCAAGAGCUACCAUGGCUCUGUUCCGCCUUGAGAAAGACGAAUUCGAGAAGGAGAUCCGCCAGAAGUAUGGUAACGUCAGAAUGCUAGCGGCCGCGCCGGAGGCUGAGGCUGACGGAGAAGCCGAGGAGAAGAAGAAGAGGAACAGGAAGAAGAGCAAAAAGAAGAAGAAGCACUAGCUUCAGGCGUGACGGCACAAUGUUGAUUUUUUCUUGUACAAAAGGAUACCCCGAAAAGUUGGCGGGACAUGACCAUGCAUUCAUUGGCGUUACUGGCGAUAGUAUCUGUCGGCUAUGUUGUUGCACGGCUUGCAUUUGUAUUUGGCUAUCGA